CUCCUGUGGACGUGAAGAUGGGAUGAAAGAGGAGGUGAAGAGGAGAAAAUUAGCGCCCCCUGGGAAAACUGCCUUCACCGUGCAGGAGCUCAGAGGCUCAGGAGGCAGCAGCAGUAAUGUCCAAUGUGUUUAUUCCUCACUGACACUCAGGGAAGUCAGUCUCACCAAACCUGCAGCUGGAGGUGAUGUCGUGUCAGGAGCUGCACAUCAACUGAGAUAAAGUAGAGAAGGAUUUUUUUCUCAUGCAAACAUGGUUUUACUAACAUCAGUGCUGCUGCUCUCCUGGGUUUCGCUGCACAACACCGCGCAAGCUGCAGCAGAUUUUUGCCGGGGGACGCACUGCUUCGGCGGGGACGCGAGCGAUCCGAGACCGUGCACCGGAGAGCACUGUCCGGGGGGCAGAUCCUCCAGGCAGCCGCGGCAAUUCAACCCCACCACGCAGGGGAGAGCGGCGCAGAUAGUGGCCAGCCAACACCACGCGUACCCGGGUUCUCCGAGAGCUGCGUCGCAAGCCUACCCGGCCGCGCAGCCUCUACGCGGGCGACACGGAAACAUCAGCGGCGGAGGAGGAGGAGGAGGAGGUGGAGGAGGAGGUGGAGGCGCACGGAUGAGAGCGCCCGAGGUCCUCCCUCUACCUGCAGGGUGCACGGACGCGGGCUGCGCCGCUCCUGUCAAGCAAUUUCAACCCACUAACGACACCCGAGACUGCAGAGGGAUCGAGUGCAGACUGCCCCCGAGGAUCCGGCCAAAAGCUCGGGCGAAGUCCUGUGUGGGUGAGGGCUGUCUGGCCGCUUCAGAGGAGAGCGUCUCCAGCCAGCGUCCUCCCGUGCAUCUGUCCGACAGAGCCGCGCAGUUCCUGGGAGACUUCCCGGAGUUUGGAUAUUCUUCGUCGGAACUUGGCGGCGCGCCUCUGGGUGUCCAGCUCACAUGUGACAUCAAGCCAGGCGAGAAUGAAGUCCCCUCAGAGGACGCCCUCAUCCUGCACCUCCAGCUGGCCAAGGGGCAGGAGAAGCUGGUGGAGGCCCUGCGCGCCCAGCAGGUGGUCAUCCGCGACCUGCAGCAGAAGCUCGUGGACCAACAGGACGCCCUUCUGUCACAGCAGCGCGAAAUCCUGGAGCAGCAGCGGCGCAUGUACGAGCAGAUGGACGUGGUGAAGGCCCAGUACAGCCUCCUCUCGGACACCGUCAAACAGGUGUCCUUCCAGGGCCUGCAGGGCGAGCUGCAGAGCUACUUUGAGAGCCACUUGGCGGGGCUGCAGAGCCAGGCCCGCAGCCACCUGCAGAAGUCCUACGCCGUCCACAAAGUGGACAUGGACACGAAGGUGAUGGACGUGGUCGGGGAGGCGAAUUUCCCUCAACCUCUGCUGGGAUGCCCUUCGCCCUGCGGACCAGAGGAGUUCUGUGAUUUUCAGAGGGACCCGCCUCAGUGUGAGAAGUGCACCAUGUGUCCACCUGGCUUCUUCCUCAUCUCACAGUGCUCGUCCACUGCAGACCGCAUGUGCCAGGACAGAGACGAAUGCCUUGAGCUACCAAACAUUUGUGGGGAGCGAGUGAAGUGCCUGAACACCCCAGGAGGCUUCAGGUGUCUGGGGGUGUCUGAGAGGGAAGUGGAGCUGGGCAUGUGCGGCCACGACUACUUCUACAACCAGGAGCUGCAGGAGUGCCAGGCCUGUUCGGACUGUGACGGAGAGCCUGUCUCUGUCCCGUGCACGGCCGUCAGCGACGCUGUGUGCAGCCAGAGUUCAGAGAGCCGACUCUCUCAGUCCUGGGCGGCGAACGUUGCAGUUCCGUCUGCUCGGACCACCGGCACCAACAUCUUCCAGGGGCUUCAGCUGAACAUCCGAGGGAAGGAGAGCAGCGAUUUGCUGUCCAACGAAGCGGGGCAGGUGACCUUCCUGCAGCACGGCCUGGUGUGGUUGGAUCAUAACUUUGCAUUAAAGCACAGCUGCAGGAACUUCCUCCAGGUUGGGAUGAGGCUCAACGGCAGCCAGGAGGAGGAGGGUCAGGAUCUCAGUGGCGUCCGCAUCGAACAGCCCGAUGGGAAGUACUUUCAGGGGGUGAGCGUCAGCAGCGGAGUCGAGGUUGAGCCUAAUCACACCCUCACCCUCCUGCUGAAGAGUCCGAAUCAACACUGCAACCAGAGCAAGGAUCUUCAUGUGUACGACGUCACCGCUCCCUCUUUGAGUCUCCUCUGGUUGUCUCAUGAUACCGGCGCUGUUGCCAUGACAGCUCAGAUGUCCCUGUUGGUCCACUACCAGACCAGCUACCGCCCGACGUUCCGUAUGACCUCAGUGUCUGACCCGUACAUGAUCAGCCUGACCCACGACAGCCGCGGGGUGCGCUUCACAGAGAGCGGCGUGGUGAAGUUCAUCCUCCAGCAGGCGCUGUACUCCAUGGGCCACACCUGCAUUCGAGAGGGUUUCUCCCUGAUCGCUUACACUAACCGCAACGGGACGGGUGUGGAGGCGACGCAGGCCUUCAAGACAGGCGUCAACUACAGGGACACCUCCAUCACCCUCUCUGGUGCCGUGAGCGUGGACAGGGGAGACACACUCAGCUUCGAGAUCACGUCUCCCUCCCAGUGCAACAUCCGUUAUUUCGGGGACAGCACCGGCAUCAGCAUGCUGAGCCUCAUCUGGAUUCCUUCAGCUGUGUCGUCGGCUUUGACCGCUACCGUGUCCAGGACCGGUCUUCCCUUCGGAGCGGUGAGGAACAAACCGCUGCUGUUCCAGCAGAUCAGCUCAGACACGCCGCAGGUUCACUUGGCCCGCUCAGGCGCGCCGAGCGGCCGGAAGAACUUUAUAUUCCACGAGAAAGGGACAGCGAACGUCGCGCUCAACCUGAAGCUGAUCCACUCCUGUAACAUAGUAAAACUCACGUUGCAGCAGGUGGCAGGCCCAGGUCAGAGUGGGCAGGCGGGUCCUGUGGCUCAGCAGGUGUCUGGAUACAUGCCUGAAGGCAGCGAGUGGGCCAGCAUCGGGCUCAGGGCCUCAUUUCAGGUGCAGAACGGCACAGCUGUGUACGUGACUCUGGACUGUAUCCGUGGGCGUGUUAACCAGAUAACACACGAGGGAGGCACUAACAUCUCGAUCCUCUGGGUGGCGGUGUGAAGCCUCCCGGAGCCUGAAUGUCACUAAAACAGUUGGUCAAAGGAAAGAAAGACAGUUUUGCACAUUAUUGAAUUGCAGAGCAGAUUCAACAAUUUACCAAAUCCAGGAAAAAUACUGGUUGAUGAAAAACGUAUUCCACAUAUUUUGUCAUAUUAUUGUUUUAAAUGUAUAUUUCAUCUCUUUUUUUAGAUUUUUAUGGUGAAAUGUUUUUUGUGUAUGAUUUAAAUAAGUACUGCUUUUGCUUGAAGUACUUCGGCUGGUUGAGCAGUGACCAAUUCUUUAUUGAAUGUCUAAGUGUGUGUGUGUGUGUGUGUGUG